UAUUUUAUUAUUUAUUAGCUACAUGAAUAACUGAACAAUUUGAGUGCCUACUUUCAUAAAAUUUUCGUCAGAAAUCGAUAGUUAGAUGCAUUUAAACGCAGCUUUAUAAGGUCUAAAAUGGCGUAAAAACACAUUUUCUUAGGUAUCACCACACCACCGUCACCACCCCGUUUGUUUUAGUAGUCCUCCACUAAAAAUAAUACUAUUUUGUUCCUUCUCUUUAAUUUGUGCAGUUCUGGUAACGUGAAGUUAAACAUUCAUUACAUUUUGUAACAAUUUAACCUGUCUUGUAUGUAGUGAAAUGAAGGAAGUGAUUUUAGCUGUUAUAACCUUCUUAUGUAGCGUAAUUUUAGUUUGUUUGUUUGUGUUGUUUUGUUGGUACAUAGUGUGGAAGUGUUGCUUGUCGAAGUUUCGGUUCGUGCGGGAGCUGAUCGGUGGCAUGUCAGAGAGCCCCCCAGCCUCAGAAGUCAGACAACCCAACAAAGCUAGGAAAAUCAGAAGAGAAUAAACUUUGUUCACAUCAAAACUAAGUGCUAUAAAAGAUCAAGAUGAACAUCCGCUGCGCCCGCCCGAGUGACCUGAUGAACAUGCAGCACUGCAACCUGCUGUGUCUGCCCGAGAACUACCAGAUGAAGUACUACUUCUACCACGGCCUGUCCUGGCCACAGCUCAGCUAUGUCGCUGAAGAUCAAAAGGGGCAAAUUGUUGGUUAUGUGCUUGCAAAGAUGGAGGAGGAUGGUGAGGACAACCGCCACGGACACAUCACGUCUCUGGCCGUGAAGAGGUCGCACCGCCGUCUGGGGCUGGCUCAGAAACUCAUGAACCAGGCUUCAUUGGCUAUGGUUGAAUGCUUCCAGGCGAAAUAUGUGUCGCUCCACGUGAGGAAGAGCAAUAGAGCAGCCCUGAACCUGUACACCAACUCCCUCGGCUUCAAGAUCCUCGAGAUCGAGCCCAAGUACUACGCGGACGGCGAGGACGCAUACUCCAUGAUGCGCGACCUCAGCUCCUUCGCGGAGAAGCCCGAGCCACCACCUUCUACUGACGCUCUGGAGAUCAAGUCUGAUUCCUAUGUCAUUUCUCAAUGUUGAUCUUAGUGUGUAAAUAAAUAAGGCUUUCGAACUAUA